UGUCACACCGAAAAGGGUCCCCCGGAGCCGGCCUUCGGAGGCGCGGCCGGGGAGGAGGCCUGGGCCUGCGGGCCGCGAGCAGCUAGGGAUCUGCCGGUGGGCGGGAGGGAGCUCAAGGCCCCGGGCCGGGCGCGGGCGGAGGCGCGAGUGGGGCGGGCGAGCCCGGCGCUCCCUCCUCAUGGCCGGGUGCGGGCCGCGGAGGCGGCGGCGGCGCUGACAGGCUCAGGGCGGGGCGGCCUGGGGCCCGGGGCCCUGGGGAAGAUGAGCGCCCUCCUAGAGCAGAAGGAGCAGCAGGAGAGGCUGCGGGAGGCAGCGGCCUUGGGGGACAUUCGGGAGGUGCAGAAACUGGUGGAGAGCGGGGUGGAUGUGAACUCCCAAAAUGAGGUCAACGGCUGGACCUGUUUGCACUGGGCAUGUAAACGCAACCAUGGACAGGUGGUGUCCUACCUGCUACAAUCAGGAGCUGACAGAGACAUUCUUACAACCAAAGGAGAAAUGCCGGUACAAUUAACAUCAAGGAGAGAAAUCAGGAAGAUUAUGGGAGUGGAAGAAGCCGAUGAUGAUGAUGAAAUCCCUCAGCUGAAGAAGGAGUCAGAACUGCCCUUUGUUCCCAACUAUCUGGCCAACCCAGCCUUCCCUUUUAUCUAUACCCCUGCAGCAGAAGACUCUACCCAGUUGCAGAAUGGGGGCCCCUCCCCACCUCCAGUGUCACCCCCUGCAGAGGGCUCACCUCCAUUGCUUCCCCCCACAGAACCCCCUCUGCUAGGGGCCUUUCCUAGGGACCACAGCUCGUUGGCACUGGUCCAGAAUGGUGACAUUUCUGCCCCCUCUGCCAUACUGAGAACACCAGAAAGCACAAAACCUGGUCCUGUCUGCCAGCCACCAGUGAGUCAGAACCGCUCCCUGUUCUCUGUCCCAUCCAAGCCACCGGUGUCUCUGGAGCCUCAGAACGGGACGUAUGCAGGGCCAGCGCCAGCAUUCCAGCCAUUCUUCUUCACCGGAGCAUUUCCAUUUAAUAUGCAAGAGCUGGUACUUAAGGUGAGGAUUCAGAACCCAUCUCUUCGAGAAAAUGAUUUCAUUGAAAUUGAACUGGAUCGACAGGAACUCACCUACCAAGAACUGCUCAGAGUGAGUUGCUGUGAGCUGGGUGUUAAUCCAGACCAAGUGGAAAAGAUAAGAAAGUUACCCAAUACUCUGUUAAGAAAGGACAAAGAUGUUGCCCGACUCCAGGACUUCCAGGAGCUAGAACUGGUUCUGAUGAUAAGCGAGAAUAAUUUUCUGUUUAGAAACGCUGCAUCCACACUGACUGAGAGGCCUUGCUACAACCGGAGAGCUUCAAAACUGACAUACUAAUGCAGCAGGGACUUUAUCACUGAGUAUUGUGACAGUAUGUGUCACCUCUGGGCCAAAGGACAAGCCAUUGAUCCCAAAGCCUCGGAUGCCCACCAGGGCCCUGGUGCCACUGCGUAGUGUUCACUGACAUCCUGCCUCGGCAGCUGGGAACCCGGCCCAGCAGCGGUGCCACUCUUCCAAGCCUCUUGGUGCACAAUAAACUACUGGUGAAUCUGAACAGCGGGAAGUAGUCUUGAGAGGCAGCAGCCGAAGGUACGAGAGCCAGUGUGGAAUGCGCGGAGUCUAGAGGGCUGUGAAGCAGACACUGAGAGCGCAGACCUAUUUCUAGCCACUCCUGCUGACAGUGGCCUGAAGGGCCGGGCGCUUCUCUGGUGUUGCAUACUUGUGACACUCAUGGAAGUUUGAACUGAGGGAGGGAGACUGGGGAAAGCAAGCAAGCAAGUAAGCACAGGUACUGGACAGAGGGAUUCUGGAGUGCUCUGUGGCUGCAAGGUCUCAUAUAGCGUAUUUAUAAAUGUUACUCAGGUUUAAAGUAUUCAAAAUAUAGUUACCUAAGUGUAAAUAGGCUGUUAACCAAAAGAGCUUCCCCUCCCCCAGUUUUCUUUUAUGACCACUCAUGACUGCGGCUGUCUCAGGCAGUCAUCUUCGCAUCUCCUCCCCUCCACAGUCACUAGAGGGCUCUCUGAUGCUUUGUAAAGGAGCCACCACCCGCUCCAGGCCACUCCUGUCACCCCUGUUUAAUUGCGCCAUUUAAGAAGAGCACAAGUCUGCUGGACGUGGAGUCCACCGCUCUCACCCCCAGGAACGAGGGCAGCUUCUGAGCCCAGAUCGGUCGCUGUUUUAAAGGUUAUUGUGGGGAACUGAACUAAAGGAGUUAGCAUCUUUAUUUUUGUAUCAAAGAUAAAGGUUAUUUUGGAAAUUAUUAGGGUUUUUACAUAACUCUGAAAUCUGUUGCUUUUGUAAACAAAUUGUCCAAUCUUAGGAAUUCCCCGUUACCUCCACAGUCAGUUGUGAGGACCUGAUUAGACUCUGGAGCGUGGUAUUCGAAUCUUCCCCUCCUCAGCAUCACUAAAGAUGGAGAGCCUCUGAUUGCUUAACUGUAGAUAGGACCUGGCCCAGGAGGAGUAGGAGAGCAGGGCUGGAGUAGCCGCUGAUGAGGAUCCCUGCUGUCUUAAGCUUUUUCCCCAUAGUGCCUAUAGUUUCCAAAGAAACUUAACUUCCUGGGUAUUAACUCAAUUUCAUUAGAACACUGCAGUUGACGGAAAACACACAGAUGUACCGGGAGAGACCCUUGUGCUCAGGAAAUGGCUUCCCACUGCCGCCUGAGUGCUGAAAUGAGCUUGAGGUGGUCUUCAAAGCCAGUGUCAUGGGGUCACUGUGAGGCGACUGCUUGGUACUUCCCCUGUAGAGUGUUUGCGUAGCAGAGUGGUGGCUCAUCACCCCUUUUCCCAAGUGCUUUAAUGAAGAAACCUCCCUUGUGUUUCAACCAAUCAGAAAUGACUUUAAAUGUACUAACCUUCCCUCCCCCAUUUGCUUUGAAAAAGUUUAAUAAUUGAAUUAAGUGUGAUUCUAUCUUAGAAGAAAUAAACUCAGUAUUAAUUGGUGUCUAAAUUUCUGGGGCUCAGACUCCUUCAGCCACCCUAGUUGAUUAGGGAUUCUGAGAAGCAGUGGGAUCUGGCUGGGCGGUGGGCCACAGAGGAGCGAGCGAGUGCUUCAGAGUGGCCAAAGGUCCUGUGUCCCACAUGGCUCUGCCCAGUGUCCUGCCCUUUGCUACAGUCCUCUGGGGCCAGUGUCUCGGGCCGUAGGAUGAAACUGCACGGUUGCUCUUAGGUGAGUCCCGAGUCUUAAUCUAUGCAUUCAGAGAAAUAUUUUUAUAUGCGUUGUGUGAUUUAUAACAAGGGGUUUUCUUUUAAGCUUUGUUAACUGAAUGCACCUCUCCUCUUCCACUGCAUAUUUAAAGCAUGUUUUCACACUGUGUAAACAUUCACAGAAGACUUUUCCUCGUGUGUUGUUGACUCUUUAAACAUAACAGGCAUUAUUAAACUUAACUGUUAACUGACCAA